AUGCAAUCCGCAAUGUCUCUCUCGCUCUCUUCUGCUUCCCCCAUUGUCAGAUCCGACGUCUCUUCUUUUACCUCGCAAGCUCCGCGAUCGCUUCGUUUCUGCGGUCUCAAGAGAGAAGCAAUCUUCGGACUAAACAAUGCUAAUUCUGCUUUUCGUUCCUCUGCUCGAUUGGUUUCAUCUUCUUCUUCUUCUUCGCUGAAUAAGGUGUUCUCGAGGAAUUUGAAGAUAUCAGCUACUUCCUCUGGUAAUGGCGCUCCCUCCUCCGAAGGAGAAUUCGAUUACGAUUUGGUGAUUAUUGGCGCUGGAGUUGGUGGUCAUGGCGCCGCUCUUCACGCCGUUGAGAAGGGUUUGAAAACGGCUAUCAUUGAAGGAGAUGUAGUUGGAGGAACAUGUGUGAACAGGGGUUGUGUUCCUUCUAAAGCUCUCCUAGCUGUUAGUGGCCGGAUGCGGGAGCUUCAGAAUGAGCAUCACAUGAAAUCCUUCGGUUUACAGGUCGCAGCUGCUGGAUAUGAUAGACAGAGUGUUGCUGAUCAUGCCAAUAAUUUGGCCUCUAAAAUCAGAAAUAACUUGACCAAUUCGAUGAAAGCUCUUGGUGUUGAUAUACUGACAGGGGUCGGGACAGUUGUGGCUCCACAAAAGGUGAAAUAUGGAAAAGCUGGCUCUGAGGGUACCAUAAUAACAGCCAAAAACAUAAUCAUCGCUACUGGUUCUGUUCCCUUCGUGCCAAAGGGAAUUGAGGUGGAUGGUAAGACUGUGAUUACCAGUGAUCAUGCACUCAAAUUGGAAUCUGUUCCGGACUGGAUAGCUAUAGUUGGAAGUGGCUAUAUUGGUCUUGAAUUCAGUGAUGUGUAUACAGCACUUGGAAGUGAGGUAACAUUCAUUGAAGCUUUAGAUCAGCUGAUGCCAGGGUUUGAUCCUGAGAUAGGCAAGUUAGCGCAGAGGGUUCUCAUAAAUCCUCGCAAAAUCGAUUCUUAUACUGGUGUGUUUGCCAGCAAGAUUACUCCAGCAAAGGAUGGAAAACCGGUAAUAAUUGAGCUUAUUGAUGCAAAGACGAAGGAACCAAAAGAUACGUUGGAGGUGGAUGCGGCACUGAUUGCCACCGGAAGGGCUCCAUUUACUGAAGGACUUGGUUUGGAAAAUAUCAAUGUACAAACACAACGUGGUUUUGUUCCUGUCGAUGAACGCAUGCGUGUAAUUGAUGCAAAUGGAAAAUUGGUUCCUCAUUUGUAUUGUAUUGGUGAUGCCAAUGGGAAACUGAUGCUUGCUCAUGCUGCAAGUGCGCAAGGAAUCUCUGUUGUUGAGCAAGUUUCUGGGAAGGACCAUGUGUUGAACCAUUUGAGUAUUCCAGCAGCAUGUUUCACCCAUCCAGAAAUCAGUAUGGUUGGGUUGACAGAGCCUCAAGCAAGGGAAAAAGCUGAAAAGGAGGGAUUUGAAGUUGGCAUUGCCAAGACAAGCUUCAAGGCCAACACAAAAGCUCUUGCUGAAAAUGAACCCGAAGGACUUGCCAAGUUAAUAUAUAGACCUGACAAUGGGGAGAUAUUAGGAGUUCAUAUAUUCGGGUUGCAUGCGGCAGACCUUAUACACGAAGCUUCUAAUGCUAUAGCUUUGGGAACACGUAUACAGGACUUAAAAUUUGCUGUUCAUGCACAUCCAACUUUGUCUGAAGUGCUUGAUGAACUCUUUAAAGCUGCCAAGGUUGAAGUUGACGCUUCUAGUCCAGUGGGUGAGCCAGUUGCUGUCUAA